GAGGGCACACUCAGCUUCUACUAGAAGACUGAUGGUGAGGUCGAGCAAGACUCUGAACUGCAGGCCUAGAUUAAGGACAUUUUUCAAUAUGGAUUCCUUUCACAAGAGAGCACUGGAAUUCCACAGAAAUUCACCACUGUGGAUGAGAUGGUCAAGUUUGUCACCAUGGCGAUCUUCACUUGCUCUGCACAGCACUCAGCUGUCAACUGUGGACAGCUGAAACAGAAACUAGCAGAGGACAACCCAGUCUUUUUCCCUACUGAUUCUGAGUACGACUGGUUGUUGGCCAAGAUCUUUGUGAGAAGUGCAGAUUUCAACCUGUAUGAACUCAAUGCUCACCUGCUGCGCACUCACCUGCUGGCUGAGGUUUUUACAGUCUCACUGCUGCGCAACCUGCCCAUGGUGCAUCCUCUGUACAAGUUUACAGCUUCUGGUGGAAAGGGUGCUGCCGAAAUCCUGAAGAAAUCACUGGCCACCGUGACCUACAACUCCCUCCUGACAUCUGACCCACGUUAAACUCAUGGACUGAACAUACACAC